GUAACAAGUAUGCGAGUGCUGGAAUAAACAAUAUUCCGAAAAUUUUUGAUGCUUGGAAUAGUUAUGUCAGUAAAUCAAAGCUCGUUUUGGGAAUCGAUUUUGGUGGCAUUGUCGAAGUUGUUACUUCUAGAAAUAUUACAGCGGAUACCAAUAAUCAAAACCUUCAGGUUGUGAACCCUAACCCAAAUAUUCAGUUACCAUCUUUUGAUGAAAGGAUUCAAGAUCUGUGCGGAAAUUCAACAAAUUUUUCUUGGUCAUGGAAAAAUUUUUCUAAAACAUUAUUACCUUGUUACACAAGUACUAGUAAAGAUCCACAAUGGAAAUAUGGCUUUGAUGAUAAUGCCAAACAGCCAUAUGCUUAUCAACAACAACAACAACCGAACUCUCCUACACAGUUCUAUUAUGUUUCUUAUGAAGAUUUUCAAUCAUUAAAAUCCAAAAUUGAUUAUGUCCAGAGUAAUGCACUAGGAAUUGCAAUUUUUGAUAUAACUAAGGAUACAGUCGAUGCAAAAUUAAUGAACUUCAUAACAGGGAAUCCUAAUCAGAAUAACCCGAAUAACCCUCAGGGACCAAAUAUACCUACAUCAAAUCCUAAAACCACAUCUCAACCAUCUUCGUCCAAUGUAGGUGCAAUAGUGGGUGGUGUAAUAGGCUCUCUUAUUUUUGUUAGCGUAAUAGUGGCAGCUGGUUAUAUAUUAUAUCGAAGAUAUCGACCAGGAAAAGUUGUAACAACUGUCGUGGCAAUGUUUGAUUAUGUGGGAAAAGAAGAAAAUGAUUUGAGUUUUAAGGCAGGUGAUGUAAUUGAAGUACUUGAGAGAGGAGAUGGACCUAAUGAUUGGUGGGUGGGUAGAUUACAUGGCGUUGUAGGUGAAUUUCCUGGUAAGUAG